AUGGCUUCUCCUACUCUGCUCCCCCUCUCCCUAUUUCUCACCUUUUCUUCCUUUUCCCUUCCCACAAUGUUUCCUCCUCCAUUUCCUCACACCUGCAAAACCCUUCUCUGAACUCCAAGCCUGAAGCUUGAAAACGCUGCGUUUAUCUCUCUCUCUCUCUCUCUCUCUCUGUGUGAUGGUUUCACUGUUUGGAGGGUAAGGAAAUUGAAGGCAGGAAGGAAAUGGCGUCUCUGAAGCUCACUGCCCAUGUCUUUAUCCUGUUCCUGAGUCUCCAUGUAUGUUGUUGCAGCACCAUAGAUUAUCCUAAAGAUCCAGUCUUGUCGUUUAAACAAAAAGAUUCUAUGUUACCAAUGAUCUCUCCUACUGUGACUCCUCAACCCUUUCUUCCCCUUCUUGCUCCUUCACCAUUGGCACCAUAUACUAAUACCACCGUCCCAAAAUUAUCAGGACUCUGUAGGCUAAACUUCAGUGUUGCUGAGAGUUUGAUGACUGUGACCUCAAUUGAUUGCUGGUCCGUUUUUGCACCAUUGCUAGCUAAUGUUAUGUGUUGUCCACAGUUGAAAGCCACUCUCACAAUUCUCAUUGGUCAAUCCAGUAAAGAGACCAAUGUUCUGGCUUUAAAUGGGACAACUGCUAAACACUGCCUAUCGGAUAUCGAGCAGAUUUUGGUGGCCCAGGGUGCAAAUGAUAGUCUUGCACGAUUAUGCUCAGUUCAUUCAUCAAAUCUGACUGGUGCAUCUUGCCCAGUCAUUGGUGUUAAUGAGUUUGAGGAUACAGUUGAUACUUCCAAGUUGCUUGCUGCUUGUGAGAAGAUUGACCCUGUGAAGGAAUGCUGUGCUCAAACGUGUGAGAAUGCUAUAUUAGAAGCUGCUACAAGGAUUGCAUCAAAAGCUUCUGAUGUUUUGAGCACAGAUGGUGCUCAUGAUCUCUUACCUGAUAGAUCAAGUAAAGUCAAUGGCUGCAAAAGUAUUGUCCUCCGAUGGCUGGCAAGGAAACUCAGUCCUUCUCGUGCCAAGGAAGUUCUAAGGGGACUGUCUAAUUGCAAGAUUAACAAGGCUUGUCCCCUGGUUUUCCCUGACAUGAAGCAUGUUGCAACGGGUUGUGGGAAUGGGAUAAGUAACCGGACUGCAUGUUGUACUGCCAUGGAGAGCUAUGUGGCCCACUUGCAAAAGCAGAGUUUAAUAACCAACUUGCAAGCUUUGGAUUGUGCUGCAUCACUGGGAAUGAAGUUACGAAAAUCAAAUAUUACCGAAAAUGUGUAUAGCCUAUGUCAUAUAAGCCUGAAGGAUUUCUCGCUUCAAGUUGGAAAUCAAGUGUCUGGAUGUCUUUUGCCAAGCCUGCCUUCCGAUGCCACAUUUGACAGUUCAGGUGUCAGCUUCCUUUGUGAUCUGAAUGAUAACAUUCCAGCUCCCUGGCCCACCUCUCAAGGGGCAGCUUCAUCUUGCAGUAAACAUGUCAAGAUUCCUGCACUUCCUGCAGCAGCAUCUGCUGAAAGUGGUCUAUACCAUGAUGGUGUGAUGCUUUCUCUACUCCUCGCUUCCGCCAUGGUUCUUAUGACGCUUCUGUAAUUAACUUUUCCCUCGAGGCAAACAUGUCAGUCCUUGAAGGAGAAUUCGUGAAAUGGUUCGUUGUUUAUGCAGAUCACCCCCAAGCUAAUCGACACAAGACUGUCGUGAAACUAUACCUGCGGCGAUCUGACUUCAAGUUUGUGCUUCCAAUCCUACAGAUUCAUGAUUCUUGCUUGCUUCUGUAAUAAGUUUUUUGUAAAAAAGUUUAGGAAAUCGCUCGUGGUUGAUCAUAUUGUAAGUUGUAACCGUCACCAUUAUAAAGAUUGCAUGUAAAUUUAGAUUGCAGCCAAAAUAUAAUCUUGUUUUGCAAGUGAUGAACCUACUCCGCCAUAUAUUGUACUCCUUUACCAAAUUUAAUCUUACCAAAUUUGCGUGUA